UCUACUUGCUCUUUAAUCUGGAUCGAGAAUGAGGAGUCUGCUGGUCGUCUGCUGCUUCUCCGUUGUGUGUCUCCAGGCUUCAGCGGUGCUGGAGGUGACCGGCCAUGUCGGAGAACAGGUCUCCAUCCCCUGUUUUGGGAGCUGGACCGAAAACAACAGCUCCGAAGACCACACCAUGUUCUUCUGCAAAGGAGUCUGCUCGGCGAAAAACAAUGUCGUUCAGACGCGAAAGAUGAGAUCCGCCGCCACGUGGCGAGGCAGAUACAGCAUUGGGGUCAGCGGAGGGGACAGGGCCUUCAGCGCGGCCAUAAGGGACGUGAGGAGACGCGACGCAGGGACAUACUGCUGUGGAAUGGAGGACAACCUCAGUGUGAUGCAACAGGAGGUCCAUCUCAGAGUUUUGAAAGCUUCCAGUGUUCUUCUGGGAUCUCCUCUCCCCACCGCCCCCCCCCAGACUGAAACAGAAACUCCGCCCCAGGGCAGCUUUGCGUCCGGCACCGGGACGCCACCGACAGCGUCCACGCCGCCCGCCACAGAGGACACGAGGAACCACACAGCAGCGGGCAAACUCAAAGACACCACCGUGGUCAUCAUUGUCUCAGUGAGCCUUGCGUUUCUGGUGUGCGCCUUCAUACCUCUCAUAUUCUACAGAUACUGGUUUAGUAAUAAAGGAGGUGAGAACAAGGUUGAGACGGAAAACUGUGAGGAACACGCAGCCGUCCCCUCUACUCCUCGGGUUGCAAUGAGGCUGCAGUCGUUGGAUGCUGAUACAGAGUCUAGUGUUGACAAUUUGUCCCAGUAGGCUUCCGUCUACCAGGCGCUCAAUCCCCAAAACUCGGGCCUGAAGAGGGUUCAUGCUGUCCUCCCAUUUGUUUCUGUAUU